AUGGCACAUGCCCAAUCCUCGUUUAAAGUCAUCAUUAUUGGCUCUGGUUUAGCUGGCAGCUUGCUCGCGAAUGGGCUUAUUCACAAAGACGUCGAUGUUCGUGUCUAUGAGCGUUUAGAACGGCACGCCAAACGCGAAGGGUACCAAAUUCGCCUCGGUGCACCAGCCCUGAAAGGGAUGCGGGCUUGUUUGAACGAACAACAGAUCAAGGCUAUUGUCGACAAGUUUGGCCGUUCUGGAGGGGUGCGGUCAUCAGCUCCAGUACUAUACGACAAGAACUUUAAAGAACUUGUUGACUUGACGGUGUUUCCAUCAUACAGCAAAUCAGCUCCGAUUAAAAGAGGCAUUCUACGCGAUCUUCUUGCCGACCCUGUAUAUGAGGCUGGCAAAGUGCAAUACGGGCGUGCCUUUACCAGGUACGAAAUUUUGGAUCCGGGUACAGCCACUGAACGCGUUCGCGUCUGGUUUGAUGAUGGUAGUAGCGACGAGUGUGAUGUCCUAAUUGGUGCGGAUGGGAGUAACUCCAAGGUGAAUCUGCAGCUUGGUUUAGACAAUAUAAAGCAGAUUACCUCGCAUGUUAGUCUGAUCGCUAAGCAAGAAUUACCAAACUCUAGACUCAGACAAAUGAGUCCUCAGCUACAGCAGAAGCCAGUCAUGACAUUUGCCGAUCGAAAAUCUUUCUUUUAUGCGGCAUACUUGCCAGACAAAAUCGAAGAGGAAGGGACAAAGACUAGAUCAAGCAUCGAUGAUUCCAUAUCAGCCAUGAUGUUCGGUGUUCAGGUUCCUACUGAAGAAUGCCCACCAAACCUAGCAAACUACUCCUCCGAGGAGAAGUUCAACUUUGUAUUGUCUGCCUUCCGGGGGUGGUCCAAAGAACACAAAGAAAUCAUCAACCUGAUUGAGGGGGCUGAUCUUUACGUAUUCAAUGCUCGAGCCAGCGCUCGCCCUCCUUUGGAUUGGAGAAAGAAGCUAAGCUCGGACGGGGCUGCUGAGCGCGGGAAUCCACGUGUAUGGCUUCUGGGAGACGCGAUGCACGCAAUGCUUCCACUUCGAGGAAUGGGAGGCAAUCAAUCAUUGUGUGAUACCGCCACAGCCCUUCCCAUCCUUUCCGAGCUCUCUGCUUCUAAAGCUACAGGAGCUGCAGACAUGAGGAAGAAGAUACAGGAGGGCUGCGAGGCCUAUGAGCGGGAAAUGAUUCCCCGGGCCUUUGAAUGGGUCGAAAAGAGCGGUGGCUCCAACAUUCAGCCGAUUGAUUCCAGUACCGUUGGGGGAAAGUGUCUAUUUCUCGUGGCUAGGCUGGCUAUGACCUUUACCUGGGCAUGGUACUCCUUCAUUGGUCUGUUUUUCAAGCAUGAAAUUGUUGACGACGCACCGGAGUUGCGAACUUAA